ACCGGAGCGCUGUUAAGCGCAUCCCGCCAGGGGGCGACACAGCUGAGCCGGUAAUACCCAAGCGGGCCGAGGGCGCCACCGUGUGGCCCUGGGAGACACAACCCGCACCGGUGCCCCGGGGGGUGGUCCCGGAGGAGGUGGAAUGAGGCGGGAGGGAAGCGUUUGUGACCCCCGGGUGACCCCCGACCGUUCCCGGUGCGGCGUUCCCGGUUCCCCGGGGCAUCACCGGAUGCGGGUGUCACCGGUCCAGUGGCGGCGGAAGCUACAAAGCCACAAGCGGAAGCGGGUGGCGGCGAGGGGCGCGCUGACAGCCCCGUGUCCCCCGUCAGCCCCGCUGGUCUCCGGUACUGAGGGGGUUAAAGCGGCGCCGUGACGCGUCCCGGCCGGUCCCGCCCCACGGGCCGCCCCCCAGGAGCUGUGAGAGGCACCGGCCCCGCCCUGGCCAUGGCUGGGCUGCUCCAGGCCCUGGUGAGCGCCUCAGAGAAGGCUGCAGAUAUUGCCCGGCUGUGCCGGAGGGAGCAGCCGCUCUUCCAGCUCCUGGUGGCCGAGAAGACAGGAGCCGACCGGAACCGGAGGUUUCUGCAGGACUUCAAGACGCUGGCGGAUGUCCUCAUCCAGGAGGUCGUCAAGCAUGACCUGGGGAAGGAGUUCCCAGAGCUGCAGGGCCACAUCCAUGGCGAAGAGUCCAACGAGUUCAGGAGUCCUGAGGGAGAGACGGUGACGGUGCGGGUGUGCACCACGCCGGAGGACACGGCAGCGCUGCUGCUGGCUGUGCUGGCACCAGAGCGCGAGGCCGCAGAGCUGCUGGCGGACACUGUGCACCGGGAUGUGGCACUGGCAGACGCGGUGCUGGCUGACGUGGAGCUCAGCAUCCCCCCGCAGGACCUGGCCAUCUGGAUAGACCCCAUUGACUCCACCAACGAGUACAUCCGUGGGAGCGAGGACGUGGGCCCCGUUGAUGGCAUUGCUCCAGCUGGGCUGUGCUCAGUGCUGGUGCUCAUUGGUGCUUACAACCGUCAUACAGGCUGUCCCGUGCUGGGCGUCAUCAACGAGCCCUUCUUCCAGCGGGACUCCGAGACACAGAGGUGGCAGGGAAGGUACCACUGGGGCAUCGCCUACGGGGACACACGGCUGAGCUCGCUGAGCCCCCCAGGACCGUCGCUGGUGCCGCGGGUGGUGCUGAGCCGCGCUGAGGCACCAGCAGUGCAGGCGGCACUGAAGCCGCUCUGUGGCGGGCACCUGCUCUUCGCCGCCGGUGCCGGGUACAAGAUGCUCUGUGUCAUCCUGGGGCUGGCGGAUGUCUACGUGCUCUCGGAGGGCAGCACCUUUGCCUGGGACGCCUGCGCUCCCCACGCCAUCCUGCGUGCCCUGGGCGGGGGAAUCGUGGCCUUGGCAGGGGCCCUGCAGGCGCGACGAGGGGGAGGCACUGGCACCCCCCCCGAGCUGGUUUACAACCGCCCUAUAGAAGGGGCGGACGGGGCUGAGCGCUGGGCGAACUGCGGGGGCCUUGUGGCCUACGUGGACCCCCGGCACCUCGAGGCCGUGCUGGCCACGCUGGCCACCGUGCCGGGGCUCUGAGAGCACGGGGGCCAGGGGGUGCGGGUCACGGGGUGGCAGGAGCAGGGUAUAGGGUGUCUGGGACCAAGGGUGGUGGGUCACUGCGUUAUCAGGUUGUAUAGGACGUCAGGGACCUCUGAGUGCAGUGUAUGAGGUGUCUGGUGCUUAAGGGUGCAGCUUAUACAGUGUCAGGGACCUCUGGGUGCAGGCUUUGGGGUUUUCAGGGGUGUACCAAGGCUGGCAGGACACUGGGACCUGGGGUGCUGUUGUGGGGUGUACGGGACCCCGGGGUGCGGUUAUGGGGUCCCAGUGGCCGUGUCUGCGAUGGGAGCUCGGUGAUGCUCCGCCGCCCUCCCGAGUCCUCCAUUAAAGCGUUCCCCGCA